AUGGCAUCUCCAGUCGUCACGAUGAGCUUCACCGAAGCAACCCAAAGGCGCCGCACCAUCCGAACCCUUGAUUCAAAGACAACAGUCCCAGAAAUCACCAUUGUCAAGCUAGCCGAGGCCGCGGUCUUAACCGUACCCUCGGCCUUUAACAACCAGUCGGUUCGUUUGAUGGUUGUCUUUGGAGACGACCACAAGAAGCUAUGGUCAAUCACCGCCGAUGCGCUGCUGGUGAGGAUUGGCGAAGAGCGCUGGAAUGGGGGCACCAAGGACCGCAUCGCCAGCUUUGCAGACACCUACGGGACCAUCCUGUUCUGGGAUGACCAGUUUUGCGCGGCCGCGAUGAAGGAGAAUGCCCUGGAAAUCUACAAAGAUAAGACAGAUGAGUGGGUGCAGCAGAGCAAUGGCAUGCACCAGUACUACCUGUGGACGGCCCUUGAGGCACUCGGACUGGGAGUCAACCUGCAGCACUACAAUCCACUCAUUGAUAUCGAGGUGCAAAGGACGUGGAGCAUCCCAUCGGACUGGAAACUGAAGGCACAGAUGGUGUUUGGAGUUCCCAAGGAUGGCAGUGAGCCGGAGGAGAAACUGCAGAAGCUUCCCUUGGAGCAGAGACUGCAGGUGUUUGGAGCGAAUGCUUGA